AUGACUGAGGAAAGAUAUGAGACCUUUACUGCUACAUUAAGGGCAGCAUUAAUGGUAUUCCCACCUAGUCAUAUAUUUGUAUGUGAUAAUGGUGUAUCACCAAUACCUGUAGAUGAUAAUCAAUGGGCUACUCAACAGGUACAUCCUGAUAUUAACUAUUUAUAUGUACCUGAGGGUAAUAAGACAUUUGCCUUUUAUUGGUGUAAUAAAUAUUGGAUACCUUAUCUUGUCCAAAAUGGUAGAGUAACCGACUUCAAAUAUGCUGUUAUUAUUGAUGAUGAUGUACCUCUACCACCAGAUCUACAUAUACCACAUCAGUUAUUGGAUCAGAACCCCAAUAUUAAGGCUGUACAUUUCCCUAUUACUGCUACUACACCUGAUGGUAAACCUAAUCUAUUGGUACAAUGCCAGGAUAUUGAGUAUAAGAUUGCUGGUCUCCAUAAACUAUUCCAGGCUACUCUUGCUCGUUCAUUAAGUUGUCAUGGUGCAGUAGCCUUAUGGGAUAGGGAAACACUUGAUGAGAUAUUCUAUGAGCAUGAUACUGUAUUUAAUGGUGAGGAUAUGUAUAUGGGUCUAUCAUUAUUGAGGAAGAGAGAUGACUCUAAGAUUAUAUCAUCAGCUCAGGCUAUUGUACCAACCUAUGCACCAGAUAAUUGGGGUAUGCUAUUUAGACAACGGGUUAAGUCUUGGGAUGUGACAUCUCAUAAGAAGAGUUUUACCUAUAUAUGGGAGAUUAUUAAUCCUAGAGGUUGGUGUCAUCUCGCCAGUUGGGUAUUGAAACCAUACUUCCUACAGGAGUUACUAACGAUCGUAUUAGAUUGGCUACGUAUAUUCCUAUUAUGUGGCCUUAUAAUACGUGAUUGGGUUAGUUUCCUAUUUAUGUUUGUUAUAUUCACAGGCCUUAUAUACGUUAUGGUAGUCCUAUUUGAGAUAGUCAUAUUAAGGGAUCGGCAUGAUCUUCGUUCCUCGUUCUGUGCUUGUAUUACCUUCCCAUGGUAUCGUUUAUCAUCAUUAAUAUUCCGUGUUGGUGCAUUACUACAGAAUCUAUUAGUAUACUCUCAUAUUAGGAAGGGUAUCAAGAUACGUGUACGUGAAGAUGAGAUUAGAGAUAUACCACCAUGCCCACCAUCACCAGAUGUUGAUUGGUUUACGGUAUGGACUGGAGAGGUACCUGAGGAUGAACAAGUACCAGAGUCUACCAUACCAGAGGAAGAAGAGAAUAAUAAUGAUGAUGGUGAUUAUAGUCAAUCACAGUUGAAUACGGAAGAGAUUGUCGUCGUCGCUCCGCCCUCUCUUGGUACCACCAACGGCAGCGGUAGCGGGCAAUGAAACAACAACAUAUCUACACUCUAACAAGAACAACAACUCUAUGAUCAUCAUCAUCAUUAUCGGCUUGCUUCUCCAUCUUGUUGUUAUUUAGAUAUGUUAAUAACAACACCACUAAAGGGUGAUUACUACGUGUAUUAUGAAGAUGUCGAUACUAUUUCCUGUGUGUAGCCUUCUCGUUCCUCAUUAGUUCCUGUUACUACUUUGUGAGUAGUCGUUGAGAUGAGGUUAUGGUGGUCGUUAGAUAUAUCCUAUGGUCACCAUCAAUCAUCCUUUCUCAACUCAAGUCUUCUCCUU